UCUAGUAAUGACGGAUGGAAAGCAGACGACCGACAGAGGAUCGUAGACUCCACUUGAAGUUGUCUCGUCACGCCUUAUGAACAAGGGAGCGGCUGUUUUCGCUUUGGGUAUUGGUCCUAACGUUGAGGUUUCAGAGCUUGGAAAAAUCGCUUCUAAUCCUGAAAACGUCGUAACAAUCGAUUCUUUCGAGGACUUGACAGACAAAGUUAAGGAUUUCAGGGAUGGCUUCUGUAAAGCACCACUUCCGGCUACAACAACAGCACCGCCAAUCACCACGCCGGCAGAUCCGUGCACGACUGUUGGUUGUAAUGCGCCCUACAACAUCGGUUGUAAAAAUGUGAACAACACGGCUGAGUGCAUCUGCCCCGACUGUCCCGACACAGUCAGCCCUGUCUGUACCUCAGAUCAUGUCCAGGACCGCUCUGAAUGCCUUACGAAAAGGCAAUCAUGUGAAAGUGGUGAAAUGGUAACUGUUGGAAAGAACGGACCAUGUGACAAGGAAUGCAGUCCAAUCGUAGAUAUUGGAUUUGUCAUUGACUCAUCUGGAAGCAUUGGACGAAGGAACUGGGCAAGAAUGAAGAGAUUCCUAAAGGCGAUGGUCAGCAAACUUGAUAUCAGUCCAUCUAAUACGCACAUAUCAGCUAUUGCCUAUAGCAACAAUCCCAAGGUGGUGUACCGGUUUAACAACCGACAAGAAACAAAUGACGUCAACGCUGCAUUCGACGGUAUGCGUUGGCAGCGAGGCUUUACUUAUACGGACAAAGCUAUUUUGCUGGCGGAAAGUGAUUUAUACUAGCCUGCAAAUGGCAUGAGACCAAACGUUCCGAAGGUUUUGAUCGUCAUCACCGAUGGAGCGCAGACAACAACCAAAGCAUACACCCCGCUACCAAGAGCAUCUGCAGGUGUAAAGAGUAAAGGCGUAGCAGUCUAUGCUA